AUGCGCCUACCUGCCUCUUUCAUUGCUGGUGCGAAUGCGGAAUAUAAGGAGAUGGUUUCAAUUCAUAACAAAGAAUCACAGAUGCGCCUACCUGCCUCUUUCAUUGCUGGUGCGAAUGCGGAAUAUAAGCAGAUGGUGAUGCUGGCGGAGCUCAUAAUCUUUGCGAGAACAGCAACUGGACUGUUUUUCAUGUGGUUGAUAUAUGGUUUUUUGACGGCGGUUUACGACAAUGUUGUUGAGGAGGAAUUCCACAACGCCUGCGAUUCGUUGGCAGAAGAAGAACGUGAACACUAA